AUGGUGGAAGUGCAGGUGAAUGAGAUUGUCCCCAAGAGAAACAAAAUGGAGGAUGGGGAAGGAGCAGGGAGCCCCUUGACAGUUCCCCAGUUAAGGGAGGCUAAUAACUUCCUCUCCCCAAACAUAAUCUUCCUGAGUGAAACCAAAAACAAGUUCAGCUACAUGAAAAAGGUUCAAAAAAUUCUGAGAUUUAAGAAAAGUGUGAUUGUGGAAGCUAUGGAUUGGAAAGAAGGCAUGGCCUUGUUUUGGAAUAAUGCUAUAGAGUUUAGGAAAGUGGUUACAACUGCCCUCACUAUAGAGGCUCUGUGGAAAGUCUUGACUGUGAGAAAGCAAUUGUGGGGUGAUAAAUGGCUUUUAGCUGGUGAUUUCAAUGACAUUCUCUCUAACGAAGAGAAGUGGGAAGGGAGAGCAAGAGAUGAGAGAAGUGUCAAGGAUUUUAGCAGCUUUAUUGAGAAUAACAGCCUUAUGGAUCUAGGAUUUACUGGUAACCCCUGGACAUGGAGCAACAAUUGGGAAAAUGAGAGGGAGAUAAGGCAAAGACUGGACAGAGGACUGAGCACCAUAAACUGGUGCCAAAAUUUUGACAAGGCUGAAUGUGAACAUGUGGAAACUCUGGGAUCAGACCAUAGCAUGCUGCUCAUAGACAAUUGGCCUAGAAUAGAGAAAAGAAGAUCAAGAUUUUUCUUGGAUAAGAGAUGGCUCAAAAGGGAUGACAUCAAUCAAGUGGUUGAGCAAGCUUGGACACAACCAGUAGAAGGAAAUAGUGUGUAUAGGAUUACAAGACAGGUUGCUAAUUGCAGAGUGACUCUACUCAAAUGGAAAAACAGAUUCACAGGAAACUCAUUGCUAAGAAUCAAUGAAGUAAAGCAACAAAUUAAGGAGAUUAAGGACUCUAAGGAUUCAGGAUUUAAGGAUAAGAUUGCAGAAUUAAAGACUCAGUUGAAAGAGGCUUACUCUAAAGAGGAGCAGUUUUGGGCUCAGAAAGCAAGGGUUGAUUGUUCUGAUAGUGAGGGUCUUGCAGAGAUUCUUAAUGGUAUACCUCGAACAAUCACUACUGAGAUGAAUGAUAAGUUAACUAGAGAGGUAGAUGAAAUGGAAAUUAAAUCUGCUCUUUUUUCCAUGAAUCCUAAUAAGACUCCAGGUCAAGAUGGUACGUCUCUCUUGUUCUUUCAAAAAUUUUGGCAUGUUGUUAAACCAGAUUUAAUUGCUGCCAUUCGGCAUUUUUUCCAAUCAAGCAACAUGCCCAAGUCUUGGAAUCAUACUGUCAUUUCCCUCAUCCCCAAAAUUCAGAAUCCUACUAACUUGAAGAGCAAUAGGCCAAUUAGCCUCUGUAAUGUUGUGUACAAAGUGAUUUCAAAAAUAUUGGCCAAUAGACUCAAAAAUGUUUUAAGUCACUGCAUUAACAAAAAUCAGGCAGCUUUUAUCCCAGGCAAGCAAAUUCUUGACAAUGUCAUUCUGUCUCAUGAAUACUUGCAUUAUAUGAAAAAUAAGAAACAAGGACAGAAUGGUCUCAUGGCUAUGAAGUUGGACAUGUCAAAGGCCUAUGACAGAGUGGAGUGGAAAUUCCUUGAUGCUAUGAUGGAUAAGAUGGGCUACUGUACAGUCUAG